CGACGAUCGAUGUCAUGUUCCCUGUUGUAUUGGUAUUCUCAUCGAAACCUUGUGUCUUAUCAGUAUGCACAAUCUUGCUGGUUCCGAAGAUAUUCCAGACUCCAAUCAGCGCUUAUAUGAUUCUUUCCACAACGCUACAACAAAUUGAUCGUAUACAUAUUUCGAACACGGAUACUGGGACUUGUCAUGCGGCUCUCCCUUUAUCUCGCAGUUGUCAGAAGUACCAUGGCGGGGUGGCUCGCAAUGAUGAGAACUAUCAUUCACCAUCCCACU